UAGAGAUUUUGAUUUACAACUAGUUGACGCGUAGAAGGUCGAAGUUAUCUAGGGAGUAUCUCUGUAACGUUGCCCGUCAAGGUUCCUCAGCUAGAGAAUACUCGACUAGAAAUCCUCGCUCUUGUCGAAGAACAAAAUAAAAGUAAAUGUCUCCUCGGAAGAUGACCACUCGUUUUCUCGUACCAUGUUGACUAUGCGCUAGACCUCCGAUUUUACCGAAGACUGAGUGCCAAAAACUUCGUUGAAAUGCGAGGAUGGUCUCGGAAACAUCCGCCAAAACAACACCACCAGUCAUCAACAUCAUUCCCCAUGCCGGAUCAGUCGCUAGCUCGGCGCAUUCAGCUGCGAGUUCUGCAGCGCAGUCCGGUGGCAGCUCAGCGUCGUCAUCUAGCACGCCACCUGGAAAUAAGCUCUUCGGCGCGAAGAAGAAGGCGGGUGCUUCUCCUGUCGGAAGCACUGCAACGGGAGCAGGGGAUGGAGGCGGAAAUCAAAAUGGAAACGUUUCGGUUAUGAAAAUGAAACUGUCGAGAGUCUGUCAUUACCACUGUUGAAAUUUCUCGACUAUAAUUAAGCCGCUUAUUAUUUGCAAGCUCUACAACUUUGACUUGUUCCAGUUCUUUCGUACUGCAGUGGGCUUUAUGUCCUUUCACUUCCUGCUCUACUUCUAAGGAUCAGGACAACAUGUUGUCUUCGGUCAACGCGAGUACGCCAGGGGUGGUGCGAUCGCAAAGUACAAGCACGUCGAAGAAGCUGUUUUCACGGUUGGUCGGUUACGAUCCGUACUCAGGCUCUUUGACGGACCAUUACGAGCUUGGGCAAGUGUUAGGCAAAGGCGCUUACGGAGAAGUUGUAGCGGCUCGCCUGCGUCCAAGGUCUAGGCUUUUUUCGGGUGUCUGCGUUGCAUGUUGCCUUAGUUCGAAACGAGUGGAGGCGAUCAUAGCAGCGCCAGAUCUGGAUGAACUAAUCGACUCCUUUCGAAAUAAACGGAAUAUAAAUGGUAUUAACUACUUUAUGUAGUUGAUCAAGUACUAAACCUAAACGGAUUCGCAGUAGUGGAAAAUGAUGAAUUCGUACUUCAAAAUAGUACAUGGAAUCUUCUGACUUAAAGUAACUACAGCUACAACUUAGAGGACAUUACUUGGACAUUCUCCUGUGAUACACCUACAUCCAUAGGUUCUCGUAGGACGUUGUCAAAUCUUGGUACGAUUUCAACGCUUGUUCUAAACGGUGCAUCAAUGCCAUUACGAGGCGUGCGUGGCAGUGUGAUUGACGACGCGGAAGACGAGAGAAUAGACCCGCCAAGAAGCGCAUCAGGUGGAGGAGUGGAGCCGCGGACAUCUUAAGGCUUUUUUGUUCAGUCACUGACAUCUGCUUCUGGUGUGAGGUACUAUCCUCUCCUCAGUGAAGGCGUUGCACCCUUUGCUUUCUUGAAGGGGAGAGAUGAAAUCCUGUUUUCUUGCUUCAGCUCUUCAAGCGCUGCACUUUCCCUUUUGAUUCUCUUAUCUCACGCUAGCUGCUAACAAACUAAUGGUUGUUCCUUUACUCAGGUAACCACGGAUGGUGAUUGAGGUUGACUUGCUUUAAAGAUCGCAGUUUCAUCGUGGAAACGCUCGGGCUAGAGGGAUGGAGCACCAUACAGGGUCACGCUCCACACAAGCCGGCCGCAUCAGCCUGUUUCAAAGGCUAAAGGGGGCUGGGGGAAUGUCACCCGCUUCUGUGUUACCUUCAAUAGGCAAUGAAGACGAUGUUACAGCUGGAGCACGGUUCUCCAAGGCCAGUCUAGGCGGCGGUUACGGUGGACGGGCGAGUACUGGUAUGUGAAUGCAUGAUAAUCAGUCUGUUCAUCUAGAUAGGAAUUAGAAAUUUCAAUAACAUGAAAAUGUUGAUUCAACGGAGAUCACUCUUUUCAUUUUCAUCAACUACGUCUAAGAAGAACAGAAACAAUGUAUAAAUGACCUUCACAACUGACAUCCACAUGUAAAUGACCUCCACAACCGUUUAGUUUUCCCUCUAAUUAUAUAUUCUAUUCUAGAUCUAGUCCCUUCAUCCAAUAAAAAACAAUACAUAGGCGGUCGUCAGCGUAUGUCUUUAAUGACUCGGUCGUUGGUGCCAGGGCAUUCUUUUAGCAGAACCAGCCUCGCAGGUGCGCAGUCUUUUGUCACUUCAGAGAGUUUCGUCAAACGGAUAUGCUCCUACGACGAAGCAGCUUUACGUUUAUGAAACAAGGAUUGGUGAACGUGAUCGUGAAGGAGAUAUCGGAGUUUUCUUUAGCUUGUCCGACCGUUUCUUGUAAGACUAUUUCAUGUAGUCAGAGACAACACAGGGUCAGGGAGUACUCUUAACACAUACAGUGUGAGGCAUAGGUUCUAAGAACCUACUGUAUGAAUGUCAACACUUACCACUUAGUAGAAGUUCUUGAGCAUGCUCCUCUGUAGAACGAAGACACUUUCCCCUCCAAGUAGAGUUUGGUUCAUUUUUCCCAAGACCUUCGCCGAAUGACGCGCUUCGGCGAGCGGCAACAGCAAGCAAAAAGCAAGCAUGGUCUGAACAGCAGAGUCUACUAGAGCGGCUACAGCCUGUCCAAGCUUGGACCUUUGCAGUCAAGUGCAUGAAGAAAGUGGCCUUAGUCGAGGAGGAGGCGAAAACGAUACAACUUGUAUGGCAACGUGUACACUGACUAGGUUAGUUAAAUUGAAAAACUCGACUCAAGCAGUAAUACUCCGGCUUAGGUCUGUUUUUUGUCCCCUCACGUAGGGAUGAUAGUCUCGAGGCCGUCUCAAUGACACACCGAUCGUUACUAUCUUGUCUUGCCAGUAGUAGUAAGACGCGUGAUGAUGAUAGUACACAAUGUUGGUUAAACGGAAAAACUUCGACUCAUUCAGUUGCGAGAAGUGCUGUUGAGAAAUAUUACGUGGUUGACUUUCCUAGCCCUAGAAAUACCACAUUGAAUUAGGUCCCACAUCUUGACCAACGUCGUGAUCCACUCCCUGCUUCAGAAUGUAUAGAAAAGCGGAUACAAAUCCUUCUGCGUAUACUUGAAGGGGACACGACUGAAGAUACGUUAGUGAAGCUUAAGGGCACAAACGCAGCUGCAAGUGCGAAUCUUCUCCUGGUGCCAGACUUUUACAGUAGCGGAAACAGCAGCAAGCAUCUGUCUGCGGCUGCGGGAGGUGCCAAGAAGAAACUCUCCUUCAUCCUCGGAGGCUUGGGAGUUAUGCACAUCAAUUAGACAUUUUUUAUCUACUCCUCUAGUACUAGAUCUAGAACGGAUGAAAGUGAAGUGUAUCCGUGUAAUUCUUUAUUAAUAACUAGAUUAAGAGUCUUAUUUGACCCACUUGGUUUUUCUUUUUCUUUUUUCAUGCUUAGUGCCGGAGACGGAGCUUCGCAGUUAGUUGUGCCAGGCAGUGGGCCUCCGCCACGAGGAUCUCAGGCUGGCGCCAUUACAAUGAACCAGUUGGGUCUACCUGUAGCAAACCAAGGUUAAGGCUAGACACUCACUAUGUCCUGGUGUGAGGCACCCACUACUCUCAGUGGUGGGGACGUGCAUCCCCUUGAUUUAAAAGCGAAGCUAAUGGUGGGAAAGGAAGCAACUCACUCAACCGCAGAUAGUGAGUGUCUCGCGUUAACAAACGGGUGGCAUGCAGGGUCGUCGGAGUUACCUGAACAAUACGCAUACGGGUUCGCGGGGAAGCAUACUGCGCGCGCCGCUUCUAGUCGGAGGAGAAAAGGGAAUGCCUCUCAGUGUGGACAUGUACGACGGGAACCAGAAAGUAUAGCUAUUUCCUUCUGGAUGGCAUAAGACAAUGAAAAUAAGUUCAGACUCCCGCAUAGGAGCACGGUACUUCUGACGAGAUGAGACCAUAUCAAGGAUAGAAUGAUGCGCUUGAGUCAACGAGGCUUAAUUCGACUGACGCAGGAAUUUGUUCGCUACACUUACAUCUAUGUAUUCGUAGCGAAGCAGGUAGACGAUGACGAGCCUCAUCAUCUCCUCAAAAAAACACAAGAAGUAUCAUUUCUUCCCCUCACAGUUGUUUCGCACAGCCUUGGAGAUAGAGCUGAAGGAGUUGGGACAGCGCAAAAAGGAGAUGACGAAAGAUCUCAAGUCCGUCAGUGAGUCUGCAGUGCUGAAGGAGCUGCGAUUACUUGCGCUCUGCCGACAUAAAAACGUUCUCUACCUCGUGGAGGCUUUUGAAGAUGACAGAUGGAUGUACCACUUUACAGUUUAUUAUUUGUGCCUGAUCAUGAGAAUAUAGGAGAAAGUACGUGAAUCAUGAACUGGUAUCCGCAUAAUUCAAAUUCUUUGAGAACAUCAACGUUCCAAAUCACUACCUCAAUAAGCUGUGCCAAACAAAUUACAUUUUUUAAGUAUGCUAAAAAUCCAUUUUGGCUCAAGCGAGCUUCAAGUGGUCUAUUAACACCAUUUAAAACACUCAAGUGAUAAACUUCUCUGGACUUCUGCUCUCAAGGAAAGAUGAAGGACUUUAUUAUCUCUGUGAUGACCUGAAGGCAGACGGCUGCCACUGUUGACCGCGGAGGAGGAGAGUACUGCGCUAGUCGAAUGGAGGAGAACCGAAGUGAAAAUAGGGAAAGUCAGAGCCAUACGGUCUAACUUCUGCUUCGCAGUUGGCUCUGAUCGGCUAACGCACGUUCGCAAGUUCUACGAGUAGGAGGCGACGGCAGCAACACGCUUUGCGACUAGCAGGCGACGCCAGCGACAGCACGCUUUGCGACUAGCAGGCGACGGUAGAAACUGCAGUACACAAGUUCCUAGCAGGUGGCAUUAGCAACUGCAGGCCAACGCGAGAGCCAGCGACUCGAAUUCCCCCUGUUCGACAUUCAAGAAAAAGUUCAACAAGUUCUGCAAAAUGUUGAUGGCCAGCAGUACAAUGCUUGCCUUGAGAAGUUUAUCCGGGAGAAGAAAAGUUUUAUAAAGACAUCUCACGCUCUGACGAUUGGUGACAGAUAAGGAGACUCUGACUUCGUUAGUGCGUCGCUUAAUUACAAAGUUUUGGAAAAAGUUUCUAGCCAAAAGGAACUGAAAACUUGGACCGUUUUUUACAUACGACGAAGUUUGGUAAGGUUCUCAUGCUUCACAUCCACGAGUGUUCUCAAAAAAGUAUCAAAAUAGUAGAUGUUGCGUUUCUUCUUCAAUACUGUUCUCCGGAAGACAUGAUAGCCGUCUGGUAUAUCGUAUGGCGAUACAAAACAUGCAACAUGAAGUAGAGAAAAAAUGGAAAACUUGAGCGACAGCACGCUUUGCGACUAGCAGGCGACGGUAGAAACUGCAGUACACAAGUUCCUAGCAGGUGGCAUUAGCAACUGCAGGCCAACGCGAGAGCCAGCGACUCGAAUUCCCCCUGUUCGACAUUCAAGAAAAAGUUCAACAAGUUCUGCAAAAUGUUGAUGGCCAGCAGUACAAUGCUUGCCUUGAGAAGUUUAUCCGGGAGAAGAAAAGUUUUAUAAAGACAUCUCACGCUCUGACGAUUGGUGACAGAUAAGGAGACUCUGACUUCGUUAGUGCGUCGCUUAAUUACAAAGUUUUGGAAAAAGUUUCUAGCCAAAAGGAACUGAAAACUUGGACCGUUUUUUACAUACGACGAAGUUUGGUAAGGUUCUCAUGCUUCACAUCCACGAGUGUUCUCAAAAAAGUAUCAAAAUAGUAGAUGUUGCGUUUCUUCUUCAAUACUGUUCUCCGGAAGACAUGAUAGCCGUCUGGUAUAUCGUAUGGUGAUACAAAACAUGCAACAUGAAGUAGAGAAAAAAUGGAAAACUUGGCACUCAUUUCGCGUUCAAUACAAAGCAGCCAAGGUUUGCAAGAAAAACACAAAGCACUGUAUUGCGAGUUGCAAACGAUUUGAAAUCAAUGACGGAAUACAUUUCUUGGUCGAUGGAGAAUGACGUCUCAAAGAGAAAAGAAAUAAACGCCGAUUAGUUUUGGCACUGUUUUGAGGCGCAAUGUCCUCUAGGUCUUAGAUUCCAGUGACUAUACGGCAAUCACCGUAUAUUCCUCUGCAUGAAUUUUUUCUGCAGGCUCUUCUCUCCUCCAAUUCUGUAAUUGGAAUCCAGGAUUGAAUAGAUUGCUUAUCCCCUUACCAGGCUUUCCACUUCCGCGGCCGUUUCCAGUCUUGGAUACACACUGCUGGAAUUGAUUUGUCCCCUCAUUAGGCUCGGAGUACUAAAUGGGACACCAUGAAUGAGUAUUCCACGUGUUUCUUCACCCUGAAAAAUAAAAAAGGUAUGUCGUAGUGGAGCGGUGUUACGGAGAUUUUACUUCCCGGUAUACGAGCUCGAGGCCGUUGCCGAUAAAUGUUGCGAAGCGAGUCAUUUUUCAAGUUCUGCUCGCAUUGCAGCAUCUUCACAAGCUGCUCGUAAUACAUCGGGAUAUCAAACCCGAAAAUAUCCUCUUCAAGAAUCCUGACCAUCCACGUACUGUUGAACUUUUAUUUUGUGUAGCCCAUUCUUGCCGCUGAUACAUCCUCACCGGGGAGAUUGGGAUUGUGAUUUGACUAUUUAGAACAAGCUUCGACCACUCACUGACUUCUAUGCAUCCUCACUCCAGUUCUGCUACCGGAUGUUGUAGUGGGAGACUUCGGUAUGGCUAUGCAGAUGCAACAUCGCGGAAGCGUUUGUAAUGAUUAUGAGCAAAUCUCAUCUCUUGGCUUCUUUUUUGAAGGGCGGACGUAGUUAAGUUUUUUUCCAUUCUCUCCGGGUGACGUGUGGGCGCCGGCAGUAGUGCAGAGCAAGAUCCAGCGCGAUGGCCGCGCGGAUCUGGGUAGAAAUCGGCCCGCGGUCGCUACUCGAUUGCCACAAAGGGGGAGGCCCUGCAGGCGGGCCGACCCAGUAGGGCGGAGAGGGUGCGUGCAAGAUGGUGGCGCAGCUGUUUCAGGUUUUGUGCCGGACUUGGGAGGCGAAGGAGGCGGUGCGCCGCACGGUCGCGGCAGGCAACUCGGGGGAACGGGUCGCCAAGCUGUUGUGAUGGCUUGCCGUGGCUAAAGCUCUCCAGGCUUGAGGCUGGAGCCAGAAAGGGGGCGGGGCAAUGAGUCGGUCAAAGAGGACGAAGACCAUGGCGCACGCGUCUGCCUCUCUCUUGGGUGGGACGAGAGUGCCUUGCUUGUGGUGCUGUCAAUACUCAGCCGGACACGCAGACGCAAAGAGAAGCAGGGCGCCGCGGUAUCUCGGUCGGUGGUGUCUGUACCCAACGACAAACAGGGCGCGCACAGUGGGCAAGCAGGUAGGCCGCCCGGCUUUGCUGGGAGGACCUGGCGCCGGCUCGGGUGGUGGUCGCCGUGGCCCCCGGGUCGGGUGGUGUUGGCAAAGGGCGCGCCGCGGGUGGUUUUGGCUUUGACGCGGCUCGCAAGCUCGGGCCACAAGGCUUCGAAGUGCUGGCGUCGACACCUCGAGCGUGCACCAAAGUGGUGGCUGCGGUUAGCUUAGAGAUGGAGAAGGAUCAGGGGAGCACGCGGAAGCGAGUGAGGCGGGCACAGAGGGAGGAGCGGCAGGGGGCAACGCCGUAACGCAAGGCAGUACGGCCGGCGCGGUUGAAGCGCUAGCGAGUGGGCACAUGAUUACAGCACCCACCUGCCCGGCGGUUUUUGGCGUGUUCCAUGCAGCUGGAGGCGCUUAAUUGCAAAGCGCACGGCGAGGGAGAUAAAACUACCACAGAAGUAGGCCCGCGCGUGGGCUGUUGGGUCGUCAGCAAGUGACAGGGACGGGCUUCGAGAGCUGUAGGAGGUGACAGGGAAGGCGAAAAGGACAGCGGCAAAGCGGGCAACUUGCAAAGCGGUGAAGGACAACAAAGAGGGAACAAGGGCCAAAGCGGACGGAGUAAACAAAGGCAAAGGCAAAGGCCACCAAAAGGCAAGGACCUGCCGGGCUGGAGGUUUUAGACUGGAACGCAACUACAGCCGCGUCUCAGCAUACCGCGCGGCUCUCUCUUGUCCAUUACCAAGGGGGACGGAUCUGCGCGCUAGUGUCGGCCAGCCAGGGGCGGGCCACAAGAUGGGCCGCGUGGGUGCGGUGCCGUCAGGCAGGGCGGGGCGAUGCAAAAACGCAAGGGGUGCCACCGGGGCAAGGCCUCAAGUUCAGGGGCUGGCUUCGUGGUGUCCAGAGGGGAACCCCCUGCACCUGAAGCGCCAGCAGGUCGCGGCCAGGUGACCGCCCUCCCCAGAUCGGGGGGGGGGUUCCUCUCUCUCUCUCUCUCUCUCUCUCUCUCUCUCUCUCUCUCUCUCAGCCAGGGGCGGGCCCCUUUGUGGUGCUCAUAGCUGGCGCAUUUGUUCGAUAUUGUUUGGCUUGUCUGUGAAAGAAUUGCUUAGAGAAAAUGGAUGGCGGGGCGUGCGUAGCUUGGACUGGCUCGCCGGGUGGGGUUUUCGCUUGGGUUUUGCUUUGUCUUAUUAGUUUUCGUGGGCGCUGCUCGUGGCAUAGUCGAUGCUAUCUAACUACCUAGGCAGAGCUUGCCCGCAUCGCCAGACUGCGCGUCGUUGGUCUUUAUGUAUUUCGUUUCGCUUUCAAGUCUGCAAGUACGAUCGGGCCACCCACAGCUUUUAUCUUCACUUCUAAUCUUUAAUCGCUGGCUCCGCUGCUUUUAUGGCUCCAGAGACCUGGAGGCAGAAUGGAUAUCAACACUUCAAAAGCGAUAUCUGGGCAACUGGCGUAUGCCUCUACGAAAUGUUAUACCAAGCUUUGCCUUUCCACGCGACCUCGCAUACAUUAAGGCUUGAUUUUCGCAGCCAUUCUUCACUUCUCUGUCCUCUGUAAAAUCAGGGUUAGCGAUUCAGGGAUUGCAACUUUUACAACGUUAUCCUUACAGAGGACGGACGGUCUUUUUCUUUAUCUUUUUUAGUCCUCCUAGAAGACUUUCUCUUUCCCUAUCAAUCACUUUCCUCCAUAUUUCAUAAGGUGAAGGGAUGAUAUGUACUUGUGAUGCUCUAAAACCAGCUACCGCGAAUGCAAUGGCCAAGGAGCGGUGGGGUGAUGCUGGAGUUCGAGGUGGCGAGUUUUGUGAUUUGGCUUACAAGCUGGGCAGUAUUGGUAUACGUCUCGCGAUGAUUGUCUUACGGCCUCCGGGAAUCCAUCUUCAGAAGCAUCUUGGGGCAUCUUACUCCCUAUGGGUGGAAAAACAGAGGAAGAUGGACUCCAGGAAGGUCUAAUUGUCGUUGCCCCUGGGGUCAUGCCAGCGUACGGAGUUCAGCGUGGUGGCGUGAAUGACGAUUUGGUCACGCAGGAGGCACGAGACACAGCUUUAUGAAUUGCGAUUUAGAGAUUUUGAAUUCAAUUACCUACACUAGGUACUUUACAGGUCGUUUGCGCCGCUUGUCCAGCAUCUUUGUUUUUAGCAUUGUGAAAAAUUCAGAGUUUCUUCUUGUUCUACUCAGGUGGGAUUGCCAGUACAGUACCGCGCAUAACGUCACCGGCACAAGAUGAACUCUGUUACAAGAUGAAAUCAGUGCUCUGAAGACCAAGACUCUAGCCCAACUUUGAUAUCGCAAGAGAGCCAUCUUCUAACGAAAGAGCUGCUAUUAACGAAGGAUCCCCAGCUGCGACGUAGUGCAGGGCAAGCGCUGGCCUUACCCUGGUUCCGAGACUUGAUGGACGAUGACAACGUCUCAGGCUCGUCACCGCAGACAGGGCACUGAAGUGCACUUAUGCUUGACUUCGGGUUUCGAUGCGAUCUUUCCAAGGAUGUUUUAUGACGUAUUGCCGGUCGUGUAGUACUUGCUAUUGCUAUUCAGCAAAACAAACAGCACAACUGUAACUUGCCGAAUAUCUACCGAUGAUGACUCUUGAGAGUCUUGUUUGUAUCUCUUCAGUAUAAUAUUGGAUUGUAAUUAUGUACAAUAGAUUUGGUUUGAUUUCGACGACGAAUAGGGAAAAUUUCGUAGUAUCUUUAGUAUCUCUGAUUAUCAUCACGAUAAAAUCAGCAGAGCCAUUUGGUAUAGUUGAGGUAGAAGAUGCAGCUUAGAUCUGCAGCCCUGAAUGAUUUCUUUUUUUCGUGCAAAGCUAUGCAAGUCCUGGAGUACAACUAGUGAUUUACAAUUUAAAGUUGUAGUGCAUGAUGUCGUUGAGUUUCCGAGUAGUUUUUUUCAAACUACACGAGAAUUAAAUGAGCACGAAAAAGGCGUGAAACUAGAACCAUUGCAAUAAGUGGAAGAUGAAAACAAGCACCUGGUAUUAUGGUGAAAGAAUAGAAGAAAGACAUCUUGCAGCACUGUGGCGAUGAAUUUCAUGUACAGAGCUCAGAAACUAGGCCAGCUUUUUUUUGAAAAAUACCAUUUUGCCGAGUCUCCCUUGCAUGCCAACAGGGAUUUCGAUGUGCACGUGAGACGAAUCAGCAGAAAGCGUGUGCGCGAGGCAACACCACGUCAGAAACUUUCGGCAGAGAUGAACUACAGAGAAAAAUCGACACUGACUACUGUACUUCACCAAAUGUUCAUGUGAUAUGAAAGAAAACUCACAACAAAAUAAAAUGUUAAAAAGAAC